AAUGUAACUGGAGAAGAACUCUUCCCAACAAACCCUCUUCUCUUAUAAACCUUUCAAGUACAAAUGGUAGAAUUCACUUGGCACGAGAUCCGCUCAUCAGGAAGACGAGGCUAGCCCAUACCCUACGUCAAUAUUUCUGACGCAAAGUCAGAAUAAGUCAUUGCGAAAAUAUGAGCUCGUCUCUAUGGUGUUUGAACGAUGAACGAUAAGAGUAAACAAUAUUGAACAAGUCGAAUCUUCCACCCUCUUUUCAAUUGAUGAGGGAUGUCGGAUCAUAUUAAGAGCAACUCCUGUAAAUAGGAAACUCCCACCUUAAUCCACAGCCCGCACCUCCAAAUAGGCUACUCAUCAGUCAUGCGCAUUCAAGCUCCACAUGCGCAAAAGUGAGUUAUUUGUUCAGAACUCUUUAGUAUCAGCCAUCAGGAUUUAGUAUCAAAUCAUAAUCAGUGCAAAGUAGUCAGGUAGAAUAACGUGUGGUCACUCUUAUUAUUCAAAGUUUGAUACUGAAUUAUUCAUCUCAAAAAGGUGGAGGAGAGUUAUUGGGAAUUGAAGAAAAUAUCGUGGGAAUAUUGAAUAUUUCUUUGGAGAUAUUAAAGCGAUGUUCUAAACUUGAGAACGGGAUAGAAUUUUCUUUGCAUACUUGAUAUAGUAGAAGUUUAAUCCGCCACGAAAAUAGAUUCAUAUAAGCAACCCCCCAACAUGAAAAUUAACAGAGAAAACAGACGCAUCGGCAAGGAGGUUGUAGCCGUGCUGAAUGGAGCUAUAAACGAGAAGCGAGCCGUGUGCGGUCUGCUGGCAGCCAUCCGCCAAUUGGAGUUGGACCCAUUCAGGAUUGCCUUUUGCCUGCUACCUCAGCAACCCUCAUCUGACAGAGCCAGUCACAUACACACCAUCCUACUGCAGGCGUUCUGUUACGAGCAGAAUAUCGCUAUUAUACAGGUUGACAGCCAGGACAAGCUAAAACAAUACACAGCAGAGACCGACUGCAGUUGUGUUCUGAUUCUUCAGCCAUGGAGCAAGGAGAACGAUGCCAGUGCAGAAAAGCAAUUACUGAAACGAAUAAAGAAUUUCUCAACUCUUCAAUCAAUACAGCCUAUUUUCAAAUUGCCAGCCACGUGAAUAUCUUCCAAGUAUCUGAUUUCUGUAAAGGAUAUAUCAACUUUGAAGAAGAUACUCGAGCUUCUAUAGUUGGAGAGAACAUGUUCUAUGAAGAACAAACGAAGGGCUUGACCACUCCAAAGAGGAACGCCGG